UUGCCUUUUUCUCGAAGUGUUUUUCUGCUAAGCUGAAACCUUUAACAAAGAGAUAAACAUCUCUGAAUUGCGGAUAAAGUGUGCCGAAUUUAAGCCAUACAACUGCAUUGCCUUGCGAGCCAAGUACGCAGUGAAACUCUAGUCACAACAGUGAUCUCUUCCCCCUCGCUCGUGUGCGUGAGUGUGAGUCUGAAGAAGCAACAUAGAGUGAAGGUAGAAGGUGCCCCCAUCGUGUGUGAUAACAGAUUUCGCGAAUUCCACGUAAUUCCUUUUUGAGUACGCGUGCGAGCUAACGUGUAGCCAAAAGUAUAUCCUCCCUCACCAACCGCAUCGUAGUUUCUACGCAAAAAUGUCGUACGCUUACUUGUUCAAAUACAUCAUCAUAGGAGACACAGGUGUGGGCAAGUCUUGUCUGUUGCUGCAGUUUACCGACAAACGUUUCCAACCGGUGCACGAUUUGACGAUCGGAGUUGAAUUCGGAGCACGCAUGAUCACCAUCGAUGGCAAGCAAAUUAAGCUACAGAUCUGGGAUACGGCCGGACAGGAAGCAUUCCGGUCUAUCACGCGUUCAUACUAUCGGGGUGCUGCUGGUGCCCUGCUCGUGUACGAUAUUACACGCCGCGAAACAUUCAACCACCUGACCACCUGGCUGGAAGACGCUCGGCAACACUCAAACUCGAACAUGGUCAUCAUGCUGAUCGGCAAUAAGAGUGAUCUUGAUUCACGCAGGGAGGUAAAGAAGGAAGAAGGGGAAGCCUUUGCACGCGAACACGGACUGGUGUUCAUGGAAACGUCCGCUCGUACUGCGGCCAACGUCGAGGAAGCGUUCAUCAACACCGCGAAGGAAAUCUACGAAAAGAUUCAGGAAGGUGUCUUUGAUAUCAAUAAUGAGGCUAACGGCAUAAAGAUUGGGCAGCAGCACUCCCCGACGAGCCCGUCGUUGGGUAGUGGUAAUAGCCCAGGUGGACCGGCUAGCAGUGGAUGCUGCUAAGCGUCGUGCCGCCAGCCACCGACGAUCAUGAUGUGCAAUGCCGUACCCGACGAAGGUCCACCGCUGGGCCGAAGUUGGGAUGAAAUUAAGUAAUUGGGUCUAACAACUGGAUUGGAAUAACGGGAGGUUUGCGUGUUUUAGCGUUCUAUCGGUCGUGUCUUAGCGUUUCUUCCUUUUGCUAUUCAAAUUUGGCUGGCAAUUGUGUACCACACCAAACCAUCUGGGGCCGCUAGCAAGUGCUGAAGGAAAGGGACCCGAUGUUCGAACGCUAGAAACGCAACAAGGCGAUCAAACAGAUGGAGAACAGUUGAGGCUGCAUUUUCUUUCCCUUCACAGAAACACGCAAAACAAUUGAAAAGAAAAAUACAAUAACACGGUAAAGCGAGAAAGUGCAUAAUGCAUCAUAGGCAGUAAUGAAAGAUCAGCUUAUGGGAUGUAAAUGCGAUCUUUGCUUGAAUGGGCAUGAAAAUCGGUGGAUAGAUGAUAAACUACAUUACAAAGCUGAUAUGACCCAGGAAUGACCGCCGAUGCAAGUGCAUAGACGCAUGGGAAAGAGUGCAGCAUUAGAGCGUAAUAGAAAGGGAAACACUAAAAACUAAACUAAACCAAACCAAUUCCAAUCUUGUGAUGGGGAAUAUGUGUGUAAGUGUACGUGUGAAAAGUAACCAAAAGGGAAAAGAGGAAAAAACAAUGCGAAAAUGAACAAUAAAAACGAGAUAAAAGACAAAACAACCAAAAGACAACAGCGAACAGAAAUGCAUCCCUGAAAGACGAAGCCUCCAGCUGAGGGACAAAAGCAGAGCAAGGAGCAGCAAAUUCUUGGACAUCCGGGACGGGAGCUGAUGAUCGCCUGGCCCUAAGCCCAUCUGGGGCGCAAUAUAACGAACGCGGUGUACUAUUUUGGGUGGAUGGCGGCUGUAACUAGUAACGUACAUAUUUUUACUCUUGACAACACUAUACACUAACAUUUCUCGAGCAGCAGCUUUUGAAGGGCUCCACCUAACGAGACCCGCAAUCCGGAUAGGGAAACUCUCGGAAAACACGCAUCCAUUGCACAGUAAUAUUGGCAUACUGGCUUCAGCUGGAAAAGCUCAUUGCGUUUAUGUUGCUCUUGGUUGUUAAUUUAAUUUUCACUAACUGGUCGAAUCACUUCUUUUGUGUCUUUUGAAGCUUUAUGCAAUGCACUUCAUAUACCAUCCUUCUGUAAGUUUGGUUAUUACGUACGAUUCGUUGAAAUGCUGAAUAGUCGCUUCGUUCCGUCUGAAGACUUUCACAUCUGCGUCUUUGGGGAGCUUAUCUUCGGUUUUUAGUUGGGUUUGCGCUAAUGUCAUUGAAUGAAAUAAAGUACCAUAAGGAGUUAUCAGCAUGUUGCAAAACAUAUGUAAUAUUUAGUAUGUUAGUCCAACUUCUUGGCCAGCCAGUCUAUUCGUUACUGUGGCACAUUUAAUCCCGCAUUAUCGAAGAUCUUCCCAUAAAAUCUCAUAAUGUUUACUUUAGCAAAGAUUUAAUAUCCUUCCCGGGAACGUAACAACGUUCAGAUGAAUGUGUUUCAAGCUUUUUUUACAGAAGAAAAUUAUACACCUUUAUCGUCCAAACUCCGUGUUAACGUUAUAAGUUAGUCACUUUAAUUUAUAAACUUGAAUAGUUCUCUUCUCAUUCAUACUUUUAUUACGCGCCUAUGCCGCGAGUAAAACAUCUUUUUAAACCUUCCCUCCCCCCUCUUCGAUUGCCUAUUAAUGAUACAUUAAACACAACUGAACUAUUACAAGCGAUAAGAUAAUAGAUUUAAAUUUUCAGCAAACAAUUAAUGAUUGCAAUAAAGAAACCCAUUUGUACUGCAAAUUGGCACACAGAAAAACACAUACACACAUAUAUUAUGGAUAAUUGUAAUGAUCGAGUGAUGGCAAAUAAGGACACGAACCUACGGAGCAUCUCGGCCGACAAAACGUCGGAAGAGAUUAACUGCCUAUGGUAUAGAUAACAGUACAGAAAUAAAUAAAUCAAACAAACAACAACAACAAAGGCAACGGAACUGAAACCAGCUGAAUUCCACUUUAAUGUGUGUGCCAUUUGAUUGUUUCGUUUGAAAGGUGUGAUCAUAAACAAUAUAAAUUCGACAGCAUGUACAAUCUA